ACAGUUCAGACAAGCCGGACGUGUUUUCACACACUCCCGGUGCUCGCCAUAACAGUGCAUAGAGCACAUUUUUCAAUCGGUGAUAAAAAGUGUUAAAAACUGAUUUUUCCACCCUCAAAACGAGUGAAAUAUCCGAAAAAACACCGACAAAAGUGACCCGCGAAUAAUGGCCGAUCGUCAAUCCCAGAGUCGCUCUCGAGCGCGUGGCUAUACAGCUUCUGGUUCGCCCCAUGAAGGACGGGAUGGACGCGGAAGUCCAGCAGGAUCCCGCCCAUCAUGGGGAUCGGGAGGAGAAGGUCGAUCAGCGGGUCAUCGUGAUUCGUCGACUGGCAGUCGCGGUGGCGGUGGUGGUGGUGGUCCAAGUUCCGGGAAUGGUAACGGAGGUGAAGGUGGUGCCGAACGUGGAGGAGAACGACGACGUAAUCGUCGUGGGGUCGGAGAUACACUCCGUACUCGCGCCUUGGAUGCUCCAUCGAAACAUGGUACUACUGGGCAAGCCCUGCAGUUGCACAGUAACUAUUUCAAGCUGCUAAAGCAUAUUGAGUGGACACUGUAUCAGUAUCGUUUGGACUUUUCCCCGCAAUGCGCCAGCAUGCGUCUCAUGCAAGGAUUGGUCAACGAGCAUAAGAAAAUCUUCGGUGGAUUCUUAUUCGACGGAACUCAGUUGUUUAUGGUGAACAAGUUACGUAGCGAUCAACUGACAUUGCAAUCCCGUCAUGAACGUACGGGCGAUGUCUAUCAACUUCGUAUUGUCCACACUGGAUCCGUCGAUAUGACCAACGAAGCUGGUAUUCAAGUGCUGAAUUUGGUUCUUCGUCGUGCUAUGGCUGGUUUGAAUCUUCAGUUGGUGGGUCGCAAUUUGUUCGACGCGGCUGCUAAAAUCGCCAUCCGUGAGUAUCAGAUUGAACUUUGGCCAGGUUACAUUACCAGUAUUCGCCAGCACGAACAGGACAUUCUUGUGUGCUGUGAAAUUGCACAUAAAACCAUGCGUAUGCAGACAUGUUACGAUAUCCUAAGAGAUUGUCAAAAGCACGACCGGAACUAUAAAGAUUCGUUCAAGCGGGCCGUGCUCGGUGUUGUUGUUCUGACCGGUUACAACAAUAAAACCUACACGAUCCACGAUGUUACCUUCGAGACUACUCCGGAGAGCACGUUCGAUACCAAGGCUGGCAAGACGUCAUUCGUUGAUUAUUACAAGCAAAAGUACAACAUCCGCAUCCGCGAUCCACAUCAGCCUAUGUUGCUGUCCCGAGCAAAGAAACGUGAUCUGCGAGCUGGAGGUAGCGAACUAAUGGCCCUCGUUCCAGAACUUUGUCAGAUGACAGGCUUGACCGAUCAAAUGCGGUCUGAUUUCAGGAUGAUGCGUGCUAUGGCCGAUCACACUCGUCUGAAUCCCGACCGGCGUAUUGAACGCUUGGAAACAUUUAACCGUCGCUUACAGACAUCACCAGAAAGUACGGAAGUCUUCAAGACCUGGCAGAUGGAACUCGAUCGGCGUCUAAUUGAACUUCCCGGUCGGUUGUUGCCGCAGGAAAUGAUCUUUUUCUCAACCACCGCCAACGGAGUACAAGCCGGUGAGCAGGCAGAUUGGACAGCUCAUUUCCGCAACAAUCCCAUGUUUGCCACAGUUCGGUUAACCCGUUGGUAUCUGAUCGUACCGAAUCGAGCAUCGCGUGAAGCGAAUGAUUUCUUGGGCUGCAUGAUCCAAGCCGCGCGCGGUAUGCGUUUCGAAAUCAGCAACUGUGAAGUGGUUACUAUUCCAGACGACAACCCUGGCACGUACGUACGGACACUGGACAACUUACUCAACAAAGAUCCCCAGUUGGUGAUGUGUGUGGUUACGAAUAACAAGGCGGAUCGAUACACCGCCAUCAAGAAAAAAUGUUGCGUGGACCGUGCUAUUCCGACACAGGUCAUGGUUCAGAAGACGAUUACGCCUAAGGGUGGCAACGUACGAACGCUCAUGUCUGUGGCAACCAAGGUCGUCAUUCAGAUGAACUGCAAACUCGGCGGUGUCCCAUGGAAGGUAAAGAUCCCCCUCAAUGGUCUCAUGACCAUUGGUUUCGAUGUUUGUCACGAUGGAAAAGAUAAAUCGAAAUCAUUCGGAGCUAUGGUUGCCACCUUGGACCACGACAACAAAGGCACGCCGAAGUUCUUCUCCACUGUAAGCCAGCACACGCACGGUGAAGAAAUUUCCAACUACCUCCCUAUCAACACCGUCAAAGCGCUGAACGAAUAUCGCAAGGAAUUUGGUGAAUUGCCCAAGCGAAUCAUCUUCUAUCGAGACGGUGUCGGCGAGGGUCAACUGCACUAUGUGUACGAACACGAAGUCAAAUCGAUCGUGGAGAAACUAAACCAGAUCUACAAAUCUGCUGGAAUCGAUCAAGACGUUCUACUUACCUUCUUCAUUGUCAACAAGCGUAUCAAUACACGUUUCUUCGAUCACCGACAGAAUCCAAGACCCGGAACUGUGGUAGAUGAUGUCGUCACCCUCCCAGAACGAACCGAUUUCUACCUGGUAUCGCAGUCGGUCCGUCAGGGUACGGUUUCGCCUACCGCGUACAAUGUCAUCUACGACACCUCCGGCCUGAAGAUUGACCAUCUGCAGAUGUUGUCGUACAAGCAGUGCCACUUGUACUACAACUGGUCCGGAACCACGCGCGUUCCGGCGGUAUGCCAGUAUGCACACAAACUGUCCUUCCUGGUGGCUCAGUUCCUUCACCAGGCCCCGAGCAAUUUGCUCGAAAAGAAGCUGUACUUCUUGUAAACAGCUAAACCACAACAAAUGCAUGCAUGGCGAUUGUUCGCGAUUUAGAUUAAGAAUAUAGCAGUUACUUUCUUUUAGUUAGGUAUACACGUUCUUUCCAAGCAGAGAGAUAAAUACUUUUACUUUUUGACCCGUUCCCACAGCUGUGAAUUUUUUAAACAGUUGUCAACGACCUGAUCACGAUUGAAAAAAAGAAAAACAAUUGUAAUUUGUAUAA